UCUGAAAUAGUUCAAAAAAAAAAAGGGGCAGAGAAAAGCAUCUAAAAGCAUAGGUUGGUGAUUUCCUCAAGGUUUCUCCCAUUUUCCAUAGCAAAUAUGACAUUGACAUGCUAGCAACUGGAAAAGGACUUCAAAGCAGAACCAUAUUGUAUAUCCUACAGACCAUUUUAGAUUUCUACCAUAUUCUACUCACUUACAAAGCUUGUUCAAUAAUCUCUAAAGAAUUCUCUUGAAGAAAUUAAUGGCUGAAGCUUUUCUUAACGUUGUGCUUGAGAAUCUGAACAACCUGAUACAAAAAGAGUUAGGAUUGCUUCAAGGUGUAAACAAAGAGAUGGGGAAACUCUCUAGCACUCUCUCGACAAUUUGUGCCGUGCUUGAAGAUGCUGAGGAGAAACAAUACAAAGACAAAGCCAUAGAAAAUUGGUUGCUGAAACUUAGAGAUGCUUCUUAUGAGCUAGAUGACAUCUUGGACGAGUUUUCAAUGGAGGCCCCUCAAUUGGGAUCCAAAGAUAAGCGCUCUAAAUGGACCAAAAAGGUGCAAGCUUCUUUCAUGUCCUAUUUCCAUCCAAUGAAUUUUAUUUUUCGUUAUAAGACUGCAAAUAGGAUGAAAGAGGUUUUUGAUAGAUUAGAUGGAAUUGCAAAUGAGAGAAUGAAGUUUCACUUGCAUGAGAUUGUUGAAGAUAGACAUAUAAAAGUGAGAGAGAGACGCCAAACUGGUCCAAUUAUUACUCAACCUCAAGUUUAUGGUAGAGAAGAAGACAAGGAAAAAAUAGUUGAUUUUCUUGUAGGAAAAGCAAUUGAUUUUGAGGAAGUUUCGAUCUACCCUAUUGUGGGCUUAGGGGUUAUGGGAAAGACGACGCUGGCUCAGUUUGUUUUCAAUGACAAGAGGGUCACUGAGCAUUUUCAACUUAAAAUUUGGAUAUGUGUUUCUGAUGAUUUUGAUGUGAAGAGGUUGAUGAGAGAAAUCAUAGAAUCUGGUAAUGGAAAAGCUUGUGAUGCAUUGGAAAUGGAUCCUCUACAAAGAAACCUUCAAGAAAUGCUGAAAAACAAGAGGUUUUUGGUUGUUUUAGAUGACGUUUGGAAUGAUGAUCAAGAAGAAUGGGAUAAAUUGAAAUAUGUUCUGUCUUGUGGCUCAAGGGGUUCUUCUAUUGUUGUAACUACUCGUCUCCAAAAGGUUGCAUCGAUCAUGGGAACGACUCAAAUGCAUCAUUUGUCAACUAUAUCUGAAGAUGAUUGUUGGUUGUUGUUCAAACAACGUGCAUUUGGAAAUAUGAAUGAAGAAAGACCAAAUCUUGUGAAAAUUGGAAAGAAAAUAGUAAAGAAGUGUGGGGGUGUGCCACUAGCUGCAAAGUCUCUAGGAGGUUUGAUGCGCUUCAAAAGGGAGGAGAAUGAGUGGCUUUAUGUAAUGGAGAGUGAAAUAUGGAACUUACCACAAGAUGAGAAUUCUAUCUUGCCUGCUUUGAAAUUGAGCUACUUCCAUCUUCCAUUGGAAUUGAGACAAUGCUUCGUUUUCUGUGCCAUAUUUCCCAAGGAUCAUAAAAUUAAGAAGGACCAUUUGAUUUAUCUUUGGAUGGCUAAUGGUUUUAUUUCUUCUAAAGGAGAUAUGGAGGUGGAAAAGAUUGGCAAUGAGAUAUGCAAUGAAUUAUAUUGGCGGUCAUUUUUUCAAGAUGUUGAGGAAGAUAAAUUUGGUACCAUUCAGAAUUUCAAAAUGCAUGAUCUUGUGCAUGAUCUUGCCCAAUUUAUUGUCAAGGAUGAAUAUCGCUAUGCGGAGGCUGAUGGCUCAAUUAAUAUGUCAAGAAGAGUUCGACAUGUGACAUGUAACUACACCAGUAAGCCAACUUGUAUCACACCUUGUGGUCUAGAUUAUGUCGAAUUCUUGAGAACUUUUUUGAUCUUAAGGAACCAUAAGCUAGAUUUUAAUGCACUCAAGCUGCCUUCUCAUUGGAAUUUUCGUUCGAUCCGAGCCUUUGAUUCUACUUUCUUUGAACUAACAUCCAUAUCGCCUUUGAUCAAGAAGGCAAAACAUCUACGGUAUUUGAGCCUUUCAAAUACUAGAAUUAAAAGGCUUCCAAAUUCAAUCUUGUCCCUUAAAAAUCUGCAGACUUUAGAUUUGAGUUUUUGUUCUGCUCUCAAGAAGCUGCCUAAGCACUUGAGCAGUUUAACAAAUCUUCGUCAUCUCAACAUCAAAGGCUGUUAUUCAUUAUCUCAUAUGCCUCCCAACAUUAGGCAACUUACUUGUUUGAAGACUUUAACAUGUUUCAUUGUGAGUAAAAGAAGCGGUUGUCACUUGGAUGAACUACAAGGACUAGACCUAGGAGGUUAUCUGGAAAUCACAAACCUUGAGAAAGUGGGAAGGCCUAUGGAUGCAAAAAGAGCCAAUUUGGCAAGGAAAAGGAAUCUCAAAGAGUUGCACUUGUCCUGGAAAUCCCGGGGUAGAAAUGGUAAAGUUGAGUCUCAGAAAGACUUUGAGAAGAUACUCGAAGCUCUUGAACCUCCUCCAGGUUUAACCAUUUUGAAGAUAACAGAUUAUAAAGGUAGGUCUUUCCCAAACUGGCUGGGCAGUGCAGUGCUUGUAAAUUUAGUCCAUAUCACUCUCCUAAAUUGUAAAAACUGUCUAAAACUUCCAAACCUCAAGAAACUUCCAUCUUUGAAAAGUCUGGGAAUAUGUGGUAUGGAUUUUGUGCAGUUUAUGGACAAUGAAUCCUGUGAUGGAGAGCUAGUAGUAGGUUUCAUGAGCUUGGAAUCUCUCUAUAUCUGUGCUUUACCAAAUCUUGAAAGAUUGUCAAGAGAGGAAGGAAGAGAUAUGUUCCCCUUUCUUUCUAGAAUUCACAUCCAUGACUGUCCAAAACUUUCCUUACCCUGUCUUCCUUCAGUCAGACAAUUACAAGUCAUAUAAUUCAACAAAGUGUUGUUCGAACCGUUUUCAGAUCUCCAUGGACUUACUUAUCUUGUCAUUGAUGACAAAAUCUGCCAACUGUCCAGUCUCAUCGAGUUCAUAAGGUUAGCAAAUUUUAGAGCUCUAAAAUCACUGCCUGACUGGUUUGAAAACUUAGUAUCUCUUCAAGAAUUUCAUAUUGAGAAUUGCCCAAAGUUGACAUUUCUGCCAAUGAGCAUUCAAAGCCUCACCAUGUUGCAUAAACCUUACCUUAUUGCAUGUUCUAAAUUAGAAGGGAAAUGUAAAAAAACAGGAGAAGACAUACAGAAGUUUUCCCACAUACCAGAAGUCUAUAAGGCUUUCUUGUUGACCAGCCUACACAGAGAGUAUAAAUUCUGGAUUGAUCUUCAGAGGUUGAACUAAUUAUGAGGGAACUCUUGGCAAAGCAUCAUUUUCACCAUAUUCUUAUUAAUUUGUAUUUCCAUACCAAUUUAUGUGUGUGUAGUAUUUUCCUUUUUUUGGUCACAAGUAUGUGUGUAGUAUGUUUGUGUGUGUAUGUAUGUAUGAAACAUAUACUUCCAUUAAGUGGUUGCUGCUGUUGGUUUUUUUGUUUGUUGUUUUUAUGGUUUUUUCUUGUCUUUUCUUUUUCUAAAAAUUGUUGACUUGGUAGCUAAAUCUUGGGGAACGGGAAGA